GUAAAUUCGCACCUUAUCGAUUCUUUCCCAUCCCAUCAUCUUCCUCGUAUGCCCAUUUCUCGCCAAUCGCACCAGAAAAUCCUUCUCCUUCUUUACCAGAAUCACAGUUCUCUCAACAACUCAAGGAGUAUUUCUGCCUUUCUCAGUCGCACUGAAAUCACUCUCGCCUGCCUGCGUUGACCUCGCGCUGGUCGAGGUGUUCGAGCACUCCAUUAACAGAGUCGACCAGCACAGCUAUAACCGAUUACCUCCUCCAUUUUUGUUCUUCUGUAAAUGAGCGCCGACACCAGGUUGCUUGGUAACUUGGCAUGGGCUCACAUGCAACUGAAGAACUACAAAUCUGCAGCAGAGAAUUACAGGUUGCUUGGUAACUUGGCAUGGAAGCAAUUAAGUCUUUUCGCCAUCUCAGCCCUCCAGAGUCCCAAGAAUCAAUUGACAACAUGCAUCUUGGUAGAACUGUACAAGAUAAGACUGAUCAAGAACACCCUUUUCUUGAACUUCCUCUUCUGUGCUCUUGGUAAAUGUAGGAGAUGGAAAAAUUGUUAAGUGUGGGGUAUCACCUAUUCACCCUUGACAAGGAGUACUCUAGGAGAUGGUAAAAUUGUUAAGUGUGGGGUAUCACCUAUUCACCCUUCACAAGGAGUACUCUAGGUUGCUUGGUAACUUGGCAUGGGCUCACAUGCAACUGAAGAACUACAAAUCUGCAGCAGAGAAUUACAGGUGCUCUUUUAUUACUUUGCAUGGACUGAAUACUAUUGGCUCAAUUCCAAGUAGCAGAUUGCAAGGUUAAGGGUUGCUGGUUCUACGCUCAAAUUUGCUCGAUUCUUUCAUUAAAGAAUUGGGCUUACUUGGGAUAUGGUAAUAAAACAUGCUUUAAAAAGCUUAAGUAUGAGGGAGCAUCUCUUUACUGCAACAAUUGUCGAGAUGUCAAACAGACAGGUAUUUGGCGGUACAUGUUAAAAUUAAUGGUGAAGCAUGGUAAGCAUUUUGUUGAGGUAGUUAUGUGGGACGAUGUAUCAAGUAAGCUAAUUGGCAAACCAGCAAAUGAUCUCAGUGACAGCCUUAGCUUGGAGACUUUAUCGCCUUGUGAUGUUCAUAAUGAUGUCUUGGAUUUAAUUGGCCGGGAAUUAAUAUUCAAGGUUGGGAAUCGCAAAGUGAAUACCCAUACAAAUCAUAAGGAGUAUACAAUAGCUGCGUUUUCUGAAAACACAGAAAAAAUUAAAGAGCUGAAGGAGGCUGUUCAAGAAGAAGUUGUUGAGGUAUAUAACUCAGAUUCUGAUCUUGAUUUGAUGUGUGAUGAUUACACAAAUGUCGAAUCAAAUAUGACGCCGUGCUCACAAGAAAUUGAAUCUCAUCGUACUCCUGAGUCGGUUUUGUCCAAGAGACAUGCUACUGAUGAAAAUGAAUCUGAUGGAAUGGAACAAAGCUCAGCCAACAAGAAGUUCAAGGGGUUAAGAUUGAGAUUUGACUCGACGUGCAUUAAUUUAUUUUCUGCUUUGAUAAAAUUGGGUACUUGGGAAUAAUGAUGUUGCAUGAUUUAAAUUUUAUUUUGGAUUGAAUAAGAAAGACAAUUUAUCAUUUCAGUAUAAAUUUCAUAAAUACUUCGUUAUGGAGUUUUUUCCAUUUCUCUUUUUUUGUACGUCCAAUGCACAGUGUUAUCCAGGAUAACUUAUCCAUGUUUACUUUUUUAAUUAAUAUCUAAAAUCACAUGAGUGUUUGAAUUGUU